GAAGAGAAGGAGGAAGAGGAGGAGGAGGAAGAGGAGGAGGAAGGCUGCAGCUUCUCCCGUGUUUCCCGGCAACAACAGGAGCCAGAAUCAGGAAUCCACCCGCUUUAUUUCCUCCUCUUGUUCCAGUCCUUCAUCCUCCUUCGCUGCUGUCCUUUCAUCCCUCUCUCUCCUGGAGUUACAGGAGGAGGAGGAGGAGGAGGAAGGUGGGAGGGGUUGAGCGGAGCAGCAUUGCGAUACAGACUGCAGGAACAGACUGAGGAGCUACAGGAGGGGAGAGGAGACAGCAGGAGGAAACGAGAGAAACCAGAGAAUGAAGAGAAGAAGGAAACGAGGAGAAACCGAAGGAUGAGAGGAGAAACAUCCAGGAGGGACGAGGAGGAGAGAUCAGAGAGGAGCUGGAUGGAGAGGAGCGUCGACUGCAGGAGCAGAUGAAGACAUCGAGUUUACAGGUGGAGGAGGAGAGAGGGGAACGUCUGCAGCUGUUCCCUGAAAGUUCCCUUUGAUCCGCCCGGCGGCAGACUGGGAUGAGACAGGAGGACAGACUGGGAUGAGACAGGAGGACCAGAGGACAGAUGGACUGGGGAACCUGUCUCUGUCUCUGCACAGAAAGGACAGGUGAAGUUGCUGUUCCUGAACUAGUUUCUGUCUUUUCUGCUGAAUUUUCCGAACACUUUGAAAACUUUCCCACAUUUUGUCUUUGAAUGGGACGAAAUGAACCAGUUUGAGCUGCUGGACUCAUACUGGGAUCAGAAAAACCAUCAAUAAAAUGAUGUCAAUAAAAACUGAUGGUUUCAUCCAAAGAGAAACUUUCUGAAGACUCGUUGAUGAGCUGAUCCAGUUUGCUUGAUGUCUGAGAGGAGAAGACGGAUCGAUGGACAGACGGAUCGGUGGACAGACGGAUCGGUGGACAGACGGAUCGGUGGACAGACGCUGCGUCCGGCUGCAGGACGUUUUCCCGUCUCUGGAGGGAAGAACGUCUCCAGUCCUCCAGCUGAUGGACGGACAACAGGAACUUUGCUCCAAGCCCUGAUGAAGUUCAGGAUCCAGAUGUAAAAACUGACGGAUUCUCUGGAGCAGAAAGUUCCAGAUUUGAUGUUUGAAUAAAACUGGAAAAACAGUAAAUUGUUCCUGGGAAGAAUGAAACAUGGGUCUGGAUGCAGGUUCAUGGACCACGAAGUCUUGUGGGGAUUUUCUCCUGGUCCAGUUUGACCAGUAAAGGAGCCCAGUUGGUUCCAGUCUUCCUCCUUCAGUUUGGAUUUUCUUCUCACUCGGAGUGAAUCUGCCUUUUCAAGAUGCAUCAGGAUGAAAACCAGUUUGGACGAUAAUGGACCGGAAGGACCUGGCGGCUCAGAAGCUCAGUUUGUCCCACAGGAGGAAGUCCCAGUCGGGCCCGGCGGCGCCGACCGAGGCUCCGCCGCCCGGGGCCACGCCGCUGUUCACCGGAGGCUUCAGCGGGGCCCUGCAGCUGUCGCCGCCCGCCGUCCCGCCAUGCCUCCUACGGGCCGGGUCAAAGGUCAAGGACACGCCCGGCAUGGGGAAGGUUCGGGUCAUGGUCCGCAUCAGUUCGGUGAACAGCAGCGACUCGGAGUCCACUUCCUUCCUGAAGGUGGACGGCAGGAAGAAGCAGCUGACUCUGAUCGAGACGCCGAGCGGCGGGAACUCUGCGUCCGGUCAGAGACGACCCGCCGCGCCGAAGACCUUCACCUUCGACGCCAUCUUCACGCAGGACGCGUCACAGGCUGAGGUUUGUUCUGGGACCGUGUCAGAGGUCAUCCAGUCGGUGGUGAACGGGGCCGACGGCUGCAUCUUCUGCUACGGACACGCCAACCUGGGGAAGACGUACACCAUGAUUGGCCGGGACUGUUCCACCCAGAGCCUGGGCGUGGCGCCCACCGCCAUCUCCUGGCUCUUCAAGCUCAUCGAGGAGCGCAGGGAGAAGAGCGGCGCUCGUUUCUCCGUCGGAGUUUCGGCGGUGGAGAUCUCCGGCCAGGAGGAGGCGCUCUCCGACCUGCUGGCUGACCUCUCUGCCUCGGCAGGGAGCCAAGCGGAGGCCCCGGGGCCGGCCGUGUCUCUGCGGGAGGAUCCUGUCUGCGGCUCCCAGCUGCAGAACCAGACGGAGCUGCGUGCGACCAGCGCCGAGCGCGCCGCCUACUUCCUGGACGCCGCUCUGGCGGAGAGGAGGAGCAGCCGGAUGCCGAACGACCAGGACGCCCGGAGGAACUCCCACUUCCUGUUCACGCUCCACCUCUACCAGGAGAGGGCAGACAAGAGCAACAGGGCAACAGUGUCGGGCCGGAGUCGUCUCCACCUGCUGGACCUGGGCAGCUGUGAGACGGACAUCAGCCGGACCAGGGAGGGCGGCGCGGCUCAGUGUCUGUCCCUGUCCGCUCUGGGGAACGUCGUCCUGGCGCUGUCCAACGGGGCCAAGCACGUCCCCUACAGAGACAGCAAGCUCACCAUGCUGCUCAGCGAGUCUCUGGGUAACAUCAACUGUCGAACCACCAUGAUCGCCCACAUCUCGGACUCGCCGGCCAACUUCAUGGAGACGCUGACCACGGUGCAGCUGGCGUCCCGCAUCCACCGCAUGAGGAAGAAGAAAUCCAAAUACGCCUCCAGCUCUUCCGGAGGCGACAGUUCCUGUGAGGAAGGUCCAUCCCGUCGGCCUCCUCACGUUCAGCCUUUCUACCCCCGGAUCGUGGCUCUGGAUCCUGACAUACCCCUGCUGCUCUCCAGCGAUCCUGACUAUUCCUCCAGCAGCGAACAGUCCUGCGACACCGUUAUCUACGUCGGUCCUGGUGGAACGGCCAUAUCUGACCGAGAGUUGAGCGACAACGAGGGCCCGCCUUCCUUUGUCCCCAUCAUUCCCUCCCUGAACAAGAAGCGAACCAAAGAUUCUCCCCGUUCAGACGGAGAUCACUUUAAAUGCAACACAUUCGCAGAGCUGCAGGAGAGGCUCGAUUGUAUCGAUGGCAGUGAAGCUCCAAACGCUUUAAGCACAGAGAGCAGAGCAACAGAACCAAUGAAGAAUCAAACUGGACCAGAAUCUGAUGAGAAUUCCUCUCUAAAUAUAACCGGACCAGACUCCAGACUCCCUUCGGUUGGAAGCCCAGUGGAAUCCUCCAAAAGGACCAGUGCAGAUGGAGAGAAACGCUCCGGUUCCCUCAUUCAGCCAUGUUCGGUACAGUCCAGUGAGCCUUGCUCAUCAGAUCCAGAGCCUGUGGUAAGAGAGAAGGUGAGAGGAGCUACAACCGGACCAUCACCUCCUCAGUCGUUACCCCAGAGGCCCAUAACAGCAUUUGACUCAGGGGAAGCUCUCAGCAGGAUUCCCCCAGUGGGUAUGAGUGAUCAAGCACCAAGACAAAGCCAACCCUUGGAGUUGCCAGACAGGGAAAGGUCCCAUCACUCCACAGCUAAUGCCGUGGAAGUCAGCGGCCUUCGAGCGGCUUUGUUAGGAAGAUGCCUGGACAGAGACUUGCUCAGGACCACCAUCACGCUCCAGCAGCCCGUGGAGCUGAACGGGGAGGACGAGCUGGUGUUCACCGUCAUAGAGGAGCUUCCUAUCGGCCUCGUCCCGGACAAUGGCCGCCCCGCCAACCUGCUCAGCUUCAACCCAGAGUGUUCGCUGCAGGCCUUGGCUGCAGGUUCCCGUCCAGUCAGCAUCAUCAGUAGCAUCAAUGAUGAGUAUGACAUUUACACAACUCUGCAUGGAGUAACGGGAUCAGGCUGCCAUUCCUCUGCAGGAUUAAGACCCGCUGAGAGAGAAGACAGUACAGCAGCAAACAGGUUUUUCCUGAGAGAUGAGAGUACAGCAGCAGAGAGCGCGUCCAUCCUGACUUCACCAGGUAUAUACCAUCGACAGCCUUUUCUGCAGCAUGGCUUGAAGAGUUCGUUGAAUGACAGUGGCAUUUGUUUCUCGGAGCUGGACAGUGAUCCCGCCACACCCAACAAACCAUCAUUUACCAAGGACUCUGGUUUCCCUGAUGCCACCAAAGCUACACCUAAAGGAUCCUCUAAGGUGAGAGCCUUUAGCACUCCCACUUUGUCUCCCCACCACACCCACCACUACAGUCUUCCCAGGAAAACCAAGCCUACCUCUUCUUCAGCCGUAGGCAACAGCACACAAGAGAACUUGUUGUUUCAGGGAAGCACCUUCAUUGAUCCAAGAGAGGUUGAGUUUCUCUCUGCUGGCAAGCCAACGAGAAGUAGCACAGCUAGCAUCUCCCCCAAAAGGUCUGGAGGAAACAGCAACAGUGUUCCUCGAUCUCCGAAGACACAAAUGUCUUCCACAGCUCAGAGAGUCAUUGAUGGCUGCGAGAAGCCCAUCAGCAGAAGAGGAGAUACUCUCAUCAAGCUGCCGCGGCUCACGCGAGGGGCAACAACUCUGGGAACGGUUUCCACUUCACACAGCUCUGAAACAAAAUGUGGUCAAGAAGCUGCCAGUGUGACAGGGAUGCCCAGGUUUUCAUCACUGGGGAAGAAGUCAAAUGGGCAGAAAAGCAGCAUGAUCUCUAAGGCCGGCUCUGGAAACGUCUCUCCUCCUACGCUACUCAUCAGACAGUCCAGCCAAGAACAGAAGACAAGGUUUCCAAGUGCCUUAAAACCGAGCAGUGACAGUGGGAGGUUUGCUUUCCCUAAAAGCUUAACCUCAGAGGAGGAGUUCACCUUCAGGCACCGAGCAGAUUCAUUCAGUCACAACACGUCUAGUUCAAAAAUCGAUCACAGUUCUGCCAGAACGUCUUCCAGCCUGAAGACACGAGGAGCCAAAGCAGAUUCUCACAGGUUCUAUGGGAGCUUGAGAUCUCUGGAGAGAGGAGACAGUCCAACCUCGACUCUGCUGAAACCGGAAGCGUUCAGAGAUGCUAAUGGUGCUGCAGGGAGUAGCUGCAAAUCCAGCAGAUCUGUACCAAGACUUGGCCUUCCGCCUUUAAACAUUCCCUGCUCCUCCCAAGCCUCUCCUACUUUUCCUUCUGCAUCCAGUAAAUUAUUGCAGGUCAGAGGCAAUGGCAACUCCCGUGUUGCUGGUUCUGCUGGACCGAAGGUUCGAACAUCGUCAACCAGCAGCUCUAAAAGCCUGAGUUCCCCUCCUGGACCCAACGCCAGCCUACCGCCAACAGGCAGGCCUCCUGCCAGAGCUGGAGCCGGAGUUAAGACGGGAAGAGGCACCAUCAUGGGAACCCAGCAGGUCAUCAGCAGGGCAGCUAACAGCCGGGUCAGCGAGCUCGGCGCUGCUCAGAAACAACUCACCAGGGGGACCGGAGGAAGCACCGACAGCGGGACGACGGGCGUCAGCACGCUGCUGCCUUCGCCCUACAGCAAGAUCACAGCACCCCGGAGGCCGCAGCGCUACAGCAGCGGACACGGCAGCGACAACAGCAGCAUCCUCAGCGGGGAGCUGCCCCCCGCCAUGGGCCGCACCGCCUUGUUUUACCACAGCGGGGGCAGCAGCGGCUACGAGAGCAUGAUCCGAGACAGCGAGACGACGGGCAGCACGUCAUCAGCCCACGACUCCAUGAGUGAGAGCGGAGCGUCCAACCGAGGCAGGGUGUCCAAAUCGCCCAAGAAGAGAGGAAACGGCGGCUUCCUGCGGCGCCGGCUGAUCCCCGCUCCACUGCCCGACGCCUCCGCUCUGGGCAGGAAGGUCGGAGGUCAGUGGGUGGACCUGCCGCCGCUGGGCGGCGCCCUGAAGGAGCCGUUUGAGAUCAAGGUGUACGAGAUCGACGACGUGGAGCGGCUGCAGAGGAAGGAGGAGACGGGGUCAGAGGUCCUGCUCCAGCGGCUGCAGGCGUUGAGCCGCCGCCAUGCGGCGCUGCAGGCGGAGCUGCAGGAGGCGAAGCUCCACCUGAUGCUCCAUCCCAGCAGGUGGAGCUCAGAUUUCGACGUGGACCAGAACCUGGACCGGGAGUCGCAGGAGUACCCGGAGGCUCUGGCUCGGGCCACGGCGGCGCUGCAGCGCCGCGUCAACCUGUGCAAGGCCCGCGUCAUGAUGGAGACCUGCUUCGACGUCACCGUCACCACGGCGACCAGCGCCGCCGCGCCGCAGGACGGCCGCCACAGGGUGUAGGCGCCAUGGAAACGGAAACAAGAUGGAAGCUUUUGGAAGUGCCUUUCUACUGCAUUUACUGUUGAUUUGAUUAUUUCAUUCUUUAUUUGUCAUAUUUUGUAUUUAUUCUGGUUUUAACGGUGCUAAGAGAUCAAACCAGUUUAGGUAGAAAAAGGAAGAAUAUAGAAAAUCGAGCUCAGAUUUGUUUCUGCUGGUUGUUUUAUUGACACGUUUUUACACAAAUUGUUGAUAUUUUUGACGGUUCUGUCAGAGUCCAGAGAGCCGAGCGGCUGCAGAGCUGCAGACGGACCUGCAGACCCGAGUCCGGUUCUGGAGAGACGUGAGCUGCUGUCUGGACAGUUACACUGUAAAAACAGAUAUAACUUGAUUUAAUCACUUUUCACAGAGAAAAAAUGUUAGUGUCAAAUUUUCAGUCAUAAUUUUACUAUAUUCUUCUCAUAUUUAUUGAUGUCAAAAUGCAAACUAAAUAUUUAGUUAGUUCCAAAAUAAAUGUUUAUGUCUGAGCCAAAUAUGUAUCUAUUUAUUUACAACAGACAAUAAAAUAUAAAAAGAGCAAAUAAAUAAAUAAAUAAAUUUAAUAUUUAUUUUGCUAACUAAACAUUUUUUACCCUAAAGCCCAGCUUUUAUUUUGGUAUCAGCAGGCUACUUUCAAAAGCUAAACAUUUAGCUUGGACCUAAAUAUUUGAUUAGGAGCUAAAUAUUCUGCUACCAACCCAAAUAUUUAGUUAGCAACUUAAAUAUUUAAUUAGCAACUUAAAUAUGUAAUUAGUAAGCUAAAUAUUUAAUUAGUAAGAUAAAUAUUUAGGUCUGAGCUAAAUAUUUAAUUUGGAAGUAAAAUUUUGGAAAUAAAAAUUUAGUUAUCAAAUUCAAUAUUUGAUAACUUAAAUUCUUAGUUCAGGAAAUGAAAACUAAAUAUUUAGCAACAAAUUAAAUAUUUAUUUUGCUAACUAAACUAAAUAUUUAGUUAGCAAAAUAAACAUUUAGCUCAGACUUAAACAUUUGAUCUUUGAAGAUUAACGCUCUUAUUUCUUCCUUGACAGACUAAAGAAAACAAAUUAUUUCUGUUAAUUCUCUGACGGCGCCCCCUGCAGGUCUGCAGCUUCAGUUGCUUCUCUGAAUCAGAAUCGAUCCGUUUGGUUGCUCUGUUGCCUCUGAAUGUUGCAGGUUGCUGUAAAUACUGUUUGUUUCUUGUUGCUGCUCCUCCUCGUUGCUUUGCAGCGUUUCGUUUUCACCGAGUGGAAAAUGUUCAUUAAGACGUUGAAUUUCACAACCAGGAUGAAAACAUUUUAUUCUCAUUUUUCAUAUUUUUAUCUUUAUGCAUUCAAACUUUCUCAGGCUCUUUUUAACGUUGCUGCAUGAAUUUCUUUCUCCUCUUUUAUAAUCUUGUGUUUUUAGGACGUUUCUCUGCCUGUUUUUAUGCCUUCUUUCAAUAAUGUGUUUUUUCUUUUUGUUUUUCUACUGUACAGUUUUUUAAUAAUUUCUAAUGAUGUGUUUGAAACAUUGAAAAGUUAAAGGUGAGUCGACCAUUCACAUCCAGCAGAAUAAAAAUAGAAGUUUGUUCAGACA